AUGUGGGAGCGUUUCGGACGCCGUAUGAGCCGAUUUGAUCCUGCUGUCAAUAUUUCUCUCGCAGCUGACAUUAUUCGAGAUGAUGCCGCCAAAGUAGGGAAAUUCUUCGAUGACCUCUACUUGCUGCUCGAUGUUGAUGCAGAAAUUCGCCAUCAAUUUUGCUUGUCCGACAUCCUCGUUUCUCUCACCCGUCAGCCAUCAAUUUGGCUUGGCCGACAUCCUCGUCUCUCUCACCCGUCAGCCAUCAAUUUGGCUUGGCCGAUAUCCUCGUCUCUCUCAACCGUCAGCCAUCAAUUUGGCUUGUCCGACAUCCUCGUCUCUCUCAACCGUCAGCCAUCAAUUUGGCUUGUCCGACAUCCUCGUCUCUCUCAACCGUCAGCCAUCAAUUUGGCUUGUCCGACAUCCUCGUCUCUCUCAACCGUCAGCCAUCAAUUUGGCUUGUCCGACAUCCUCGUCUCUCUCAACCGUCAGCCAUCAAUUUUGGUUGUUCAACCUCCUCGUCUGUCUCAUUCGUCAGUCAUCAAUUCUACUCAUUUCUCUUUCUCGUUUCCAGCAUCACUUCUUAUCUCUUUGUUCCUUUACAUUUCAACAUAG